UGUUACGUCACAAAUAGAUUGUGUGUUGUUAGAUACAGUCAUUGCAUUGGCGCUCUGUAAAGAUCAUGGGUCUUUUUCAGAGUUGUUUUGCCAAAAAUAACAAAGUGGGCGUGAUGAAGGAAGAGAUAGAGGCGUACGAGAAAGUACGACGUACAAUGGUUACAAAGGAAGUAACAAAAAAGAAAGGCGGUGUGGCCUUUGAUCUCACCUUCGUUUCAGAGGAAAUCCCAAAGAUGCCUCCACCCAGAUUGCUUGAAAACAAAAAGGAGGAUUUUGAGAAAUGGAGAGAGUCUCAGGAAAAAGCCCAGACAGAGAAGCAGGAGCGGGCACAGCAGAAGAGAGAGGAAGCCCGUAUCCAGAAAGAGAUUGAAGUGGCCCACAAGGAGAUGGAGAGGCUCGAGAAAUAUGUCAACAUCGAUAGCACUGCCCAAUGAAUUAGACUCUUGAUAUCAUUGACUAAAAUUUUAAUUAACACAAUACUUUAAUCUGUAAUUUUUAACAUUGGAACCAAAGAGGGGACACCCGAGCUCUUUAUAAGCUGUGUUUGGCUUUUAAUUUCACCUGUUUCUUUCUUU